AGUCAGCAGCGGGGAUAAAGAGGAGCGGAGGCAGAAACUUAAACCUGCCAGAGAACCAGAGCUGCUGCAGCAGGAGGGCAGGGGAGAGGAACCAGGACCAGGACCAGGACCAGGACCAGGACCAGGACCAGGACCAGGACCAGAGCUAGGAUCUGCAAACAUGAAGAACAGACUGUGGUUCUCCUUCCAGCUUCCCUGUUUCCUGUUUGGAUCUUUACUGGGUUCUCCGCCGCCCGCCUCCUCCCCCCUCAGCGUCUCCACGGCGGUGGGGAACCAGGUGGUUCUGCCCUGCAGCUGGAGAACCCCGCUGGGGGCGCGGGUUCCGCCGCAGUGCCACGUGCAGUGGGUGAGCCCGGCCGACACGGUGUUCGAGCAGCGGGGGGAGCAGCGGUUCGAGGCCGAGGAGUUCCGCGGCCGGCUGGAGGUCCCGGAGGACCGGCUGGGUUCCGGCGACUGUUCUCUGAUCAUCAGCGACGCCCAGCUGGCCGACAGCGGCAGCUACCACGGCUUCAUGGUUCUGGACGGAGAACGCGCCCGCAGAACCCGCGUCUUCGUCCAGAGCGUCCGGCUGUCCGUGCACGACCAUAAAUUCCUGCAGACGGGCCUCCUGGGGGGGCAGCUGGUCCUGCAGCUCCACACCCGGUUCUCCGUCAGGGUGGUGUUCCAGAGCAGGAACAGCUCGGAGUGGGCGGUGCUGUGGGUGAGGGGGGACGGAACCGGAACCGGAACCGGAACCGGGCCCCGCCUGGAGAAGGACCCCCUGUUGGAGCAGCUGACCCUGAAGAGCCUGGAACCUUCCGACGAGGGAACCUACAAGGUUCUGGACGAGCAGGGCCUGUCGGUCAGCACGGUGCAGCUGUCUGUGAAAGAGAACGAGCCGCAGAACGUCAGUUUACAUCAAGCGCAGAACCAGACGCCAGCAGGUUCUGCAGCUCAGAGCGGCGGCUCGGCUCUCCUCCUCCUUUCUGCGCUCAUCCUCACUUUGGAGGUUCUUCUGCCCUGACCUUUGACCUCUGAGCACUUAGCUGCAGAGAUGCUCCGAGUCUCCUGGAGAACCUCGGUUCUCCUUCAGUUCUCCGCAAAGACGGGAGAAAGGUGAAAGUGCUGCGGCCGGUCCAGUUCCGGUCCUGGUUCCGGUCCUGGUUCCGGUUCUGAUGAGGCCUGAUGGACUGUUACAGUGACGUCGUUGCGUCACCAGGCGUUCCUCAGGGUUCUGUCCUGGGGCCUCUUUAUGUUCUCUCUGAGAAACGUGAAGUGGUUCUGUGGACCACUUCAUUAAGACCAGGCACAACCCCGUGGUGCGUUUAAGGAAACUCGGACACGAGAGAGUCAGACAUGAGCAGAAGCUCCUCAGAACUGCAGUGAAGGUUCAUCCUGCCACACACACACACACACAGGGACACAGUGUCCCUGUGUGUGUGUGUGUGUGUGUGUGUGUGCACAGGUCACACAGACUUACCUUUGGUUUAAUACUGACUUAUAAAAGCUGAAUAAAACUAAGAGGUUUUCCAUCACCAGUCUGCAGGUGAAGCUCUCUAAUCUCUGAGUGUCCUUAAACGCACCACGUCCUUAAAGCAGGGAACACUCCGAAGACUUUGGACCCACGCCCUAUCCCUAUCAUUGACAAAGUGAGAUAAGCUCAUAAAUAC